AUGCUUACCUGCAAUCGAGCAGGAACUAUUGAGGCCUCGCUGAGGAGAAGUGUAAAGUUUAGAAAAAAUGCUGAAAAAAACAAAAGCAAGGAGCUUGUUAUUGUAAGAGAGGGAAAAGCUAUCAGUUCACACUUUCCAUGCAGUUUAAUUAAGAAUGAACGGCUGACUAUAAAGUACAUUAAAGCUGAAGGGAAGCAGAAGCAGUCGGUCAAAAAUCACUACUAUGUUGAUCCCAGAAAGAAGGGACCAUCUGACGAGCUUGUGAUGUUUCAUGUACUGACAAGAGGAGGUAAAGAUAUAAAGAAAAUCAUGAAAAAUCCAGAACUAAAAUCAGACAUUGACGAAAUAACCGUUUAUGCAUACAAAGGGGAAAAAGUGAGCCAAGCUCUAAAAAGAGAUGGUCGCUUUCUGGAUAUCGCGUUCAAAAAGGACUGUGAGCUCUCUGACAAAAGCACCGAGGUGACCACUGAAAUGUCCAAUCUUGUCGAUGAUCUUAACGGUGCAACAUUCAAGAUCAUACUGCUCAGUAGUUCUAGUCCACCACACAGUCAGUCUGGCAGUCUUGAUGAUGCUUACACAAUGCAACAAGAAUCUCAUACACUGGACGGAAACCCUGAUCCUCUGCAGGAGCCUGCCACAGCUGAGUCUGUGAGGGACACCACACCAAAAGAGGAACCAGAUCUAAAUUGUAAUGUGGCACCAGAAUUUUUUUUGGCUGAAAUACCAAAUUCAAAAAAGAUAAAAGAUCACUUGUUAAAAGAUUUGGCGAAAUGGGUGAAAACUCAGCCAGUACCUAAGGGUUAUCCUAUACAGGAUCUUUUCCGUGUUGAGUAUGGAAAGAGUGCUGAGACGUGCAGGGAAGUGAGAACGAUGAAGAAACUGAUGGAGCUCAGUGAUUCUGUUUGUCAUGUGAGAACAAAUGGGACACCAUUGGGAAGUGGCUUUCUCCUCUUUGACAAGUUUGUCCUCACAAAUGGCCACGUAAUUAGGAACAUUUAUAAUAAGAGCACAAGACAGCUUUAUGAGGGGGCCACAGUCCAUUUCUCUUUCGAAAGUCUGGACCAGGUGGAGUCAGGAAUAGAAGUGAAAGAGGUCGCUGGCUUUGAAUACGAUUCUGAUGAGUCAGGACACAAGUGUGACUGGGCUUUGUUAAGGCUUGGUGGUGAUCAGAGAUUGCCUGAUGGUCUCUUAGCACACUUUGGAUUCCUUCCCCAAAAUGGUGGGAUUUGCAUCAUUGGGCAUCCUCACAAUCAUGUGAAAAAGAUAGAUCCAUGUUGGAUUGUUCCGUUGAAUGACCGCAAGCAGGCUGUGGAGAGGCAUCGUCGUGAAAAUGAAAUGCUCAUUCAGAUGGUUACCCAAACUUUCUUUGAGGAUGUGGCAGAAUCUGUUGAACAGUAUAGACAGGUUGUGACGUACAAUACUUGUUUUUAUUUUGGCUCAUCUGGCUCUCCUGUUUUUGAUGAACACUGCAAUGUCAUUGCAAUGCACACAGGGGGAUAUCACUACCCCACCGUAAAGGGUGGACAGAGUGUCAUAGAGUAUGGCCAUCCUUUGUCCGUCAUUCUCGAACGCGUCUUUGUCCAGUUGGUGGAGAAAAAAAGGUUUGACGUGUUGCAGAAAUACCUCGCUUACAAUUAUGCAAAACACCAAAACAUGAUGAUCAAUUUGAGGAAACUGGUUCAGAGCAGAUAUCUUACAAUCUUUCAAAAUGCAUCAAAUAAUUCAGUGGUUACAAAUGACGAGCAUUUGAAGGUGUUUUUUGAGUUCCUCCUUCAGCUAGAUGAACCCGUCCCAAUGGCCACAGAUUAAGGGUGCACAGCUAACUGCUGACAAAAGAGAUGGUUAGAGUAGUUCCAGCAGUGAGGAGCAUUUUCGUAAAUUUACUAUCAUAAAUGCCAGAGAAAAGCAGUACACUAUUGGUGGAAACUGACUUUAUCACACACGCUGACAUAAUUUGGCAGAAUUUUACUAAACUUCUUUGUGUGUUUUGGUGUGUGUUCCUUUUUUAGUAACACAGUAUAAAGUUGGUUUUACAAAGCUUAUUCUAGAGUCUUGUUUUCUGUUUUUAUUCUAUGGGCUUAAAGGAGUAUGUAAGUAGGCAUCACUGAAGUACAGUAAAUCUUCCUGUACUAUAUACCAUGUGCACAGCAGCGGCUUGCAUGGCCAUACCACAGCUCCUUCACUCUAUUCCUCUCAGAUGGCACCUUGUGGAGCUGUUUCAUUGUCAUUUGAUUUAUUAUUUUUUUAUUUUUAAAACUCUGUAUAAUGGAAAGACUAACCGAAUUUAUAUUUGCCAAGAUAAUGUCAUAUUUGAUUGUGCUUUGGGUCUCUCAGCCUGGUGAAUUGUUGGCUAUGACUGUUUCUUAUACUUGCUGAUGGCUGAAUAUUGCUGCGUUGCCACCAACAUGAGCUUGCUAUGCAGUUACAUUUAGAAUUCACAAACAGAUCAUAUUACACAUAGUAUAUUGUAGGCAAAUUGUGUUGUAUUACUGCAUAUUCCUCAUGCAUCUUCUGUACAAUGUAAUUCUUUAGACUUGCAUUUACCUUCAUAAGACUUGUUAUAUUGUAAUGAAUCAAACUCUGUAUGACAAUGAGCAAGUAAACGCCUAAGAAGCAGUACAAA